UUUAUUUCAGCACGGGGCACAGGCAUUUCUAUCCGGAGACCGGAUCUCCGGCCGGAAGAGGAUGGCGACGGCUGUUGUGAAGAAAUUUUGGGCCCGAGGUCGCGGAGAAGCAGGUGGAGAGGGGAGUGAGGCUGCUGCUGCGAAGCCGGGCGUGUGGGCGCGACUCGGCGUCUGGGCGCGCGCUCUGCUCCAGGACUACGCCGAGGCCUGCAAGGACGCGGCGGCGGCGGCGCGGGCCCGGCCGGGGCGCGCGGCUCUGUACUCGGGGCUGCUGGGCGGCGCGGCGUUCUGCUUCGCCCUGGCGCCGAGCGAGGCGGCCUUCGAGGAGGCGCUACUUGAGGCGUCCGGGACGUUGCUGCUGCUCGCGCCGGCCACGCGCAACCGAGACUCGGAAUCCUUCCUGCAGCGGCUCCUGUGGCUGCGGGGCCGCGGGUGCCUGCGCCACGUGAACCUGGGGCCCUGCUCGCUCGUGUACGAGGCGCCCUUCGACGCCCAGGCCAGCCUCUACCAGGCCCGCUGUCGCUACCUGCAACCCCGCUGGGUCGACUUCCCCGGCCGCGUUCUGGACGUGGGCUUCGUGGGCCGCUGGUGGGUCCUGAGGGCCCGAAUGCGGGACUGCGACAUCAACCACGACGAGUUCCUCCACCUGCCCCCACAUUUGCGCGUCGUUGGGCCGCACCACCUGCACUCCGAGGCCAACGAGCGGCUCUUUGAUGAGAAGUACAAGGCCGUGGUGCUCACAGACGAUCAGGUGGACCAGGCGCUGUGGGAGGAACAGGUGUUGCAGAAGGAGAAGAAGGACAGGCUCACCCUGAGCCAGGCCCAGUCGCUGGUGCAGUCGGAGGUCGCCAGAUGAAAGCCAGAAGGCCCCUGACCUGACCGGCUUCCGAGCCCUGGUGGACUGUGCCCCAGGCGGUGCAGCUGGUGAGAGUGACAGCGAUAGGUUGUGUGGAGAAUGGUCCCUCCUGGGUUGUUACGAGUUGGAGGAGCCUUCCACUCUCUUUGUUCAAUGUUUAUUAAAUCAAAUUCACAGCCUUCUCGGUUUAGGAGUUGGGGGGAGCAGAGCGACUUGACCUUGCGGAGUCUUGCGCUGUCGGAGCUACUGACAAGCCCUUCGCUUUGGCCUUUUUCUAGCUGCAAAUGUGGUAUUGUUCAAUGUUAGAUCUGUUGACUAGCAGUUGAGACACUUUUCCAUCUCUAGCAUGGUAAAAGCAAAACAGAAAUACACACACUAGUUUUCCUCAUGGCCCACAAGGUCACCCUGGUAGACAAGUACUGCAUUGGUCUGGUGUCUCUGGUUAUUCCCGGCAACUGUUUCGGGUUUUUUGUUUGUUUCCUUGCGCAGGGUUCGUGGUGAUGGUGGUGGUCCUGGUGGCCAUGGGGAUGAGAGCCAGGAUCCAAACUAAGCUACAGCCCAAGCUGUUCUUUAAUAUUUAUUUAUUUAUUUAUUUAUUUAUUGUCCUGGGAAUUGAACCCA